GUAACUUCCGACCUGUUCUGUGCGGUCUCCUGUCAUCCUGACGCGCUCCGGAUUUUGCUUGUCGGGUUUUAUUCCGCCGGUUUGCCUCUCCGCCUGUGUAUCUAGCCUGAAACAGUGCAUAUUAUCUCUUUGCAAACAUCUUUAGCCUUCUCUUCGGCAGCCACUUCCCUCUGCUUCUUCUGUAGCUUGGACUCAUCACUGUUCAAAUUGGUCUGGCCUCUUGGAGAAAUCACGACUGUUACUGUGAUUUUUCUUAUUUAUCUACCUAGGGAAGUGCUAGGACUGCAGGCUGUAAGGUUGCGUUGUCUGGUUUCAAAUGCUGCCUCUCACUUCUAACAGUGUUACCUGGGCAUGUUACUUCACCUCUCUCUCUGUUUUUAUUUAAUCCCGUUUUCUGAGAAUCUCUGUGCCCACUUCGAGUGUGAAACAUAAUACUAGUACAUAGAAAAUAGGAUAAUUGUGUGUAUUACUUGAGAUAAUACAUGGAAAGCACUGGCACAUUGAAAGCAUUCAAUUAGUGUUAACCAUUACUUUUUACACUAUUAUGCACUCUUACUACCUGUUGGAACAUACCUGUGCUUAAGGACGACUGGAACCAGAUUUCCUGCCAUCCCUCAUACCCCCCCCCCCCCCACUUUUGUCUUUAAAUUUUUACAGAUACACAGUUUUUAAUUAAGUAAUUAGUUGAUGAUGCCUGUAAUCUUCGUUGGAACUGUGAGCCCCUCCACACAAAGUUGGAAAUAGAAACUAACUUCAACCCUACUGGAAAUCACCUGCUUAGUGCUGCGAGGUAAUGGGGGAAAGUUGAAUAAAACCCAGGCCUUACCCUCAAGAACAUGGAGAUAUUCAAUAAAUAUUUAUGGAAUGAAGGAAGUCAACCUAGGAAAAAGUGGAAGGGACCAGCUGGGCUGAAGAUUUAUCCUUAGCACAAAAAAAUGCACAGAAUGACAUAACUGAAAGGAACGUUAGAAGCAAUCACUUAGUCAAUCUCUUGCUGUUACAGGUAAGGAACAUUGGAUCCAAAGGAGUGGCUAUUAAAUGAAUUUCAAUACUAGCACCAGAAGAAGAGUCUCAAAAUGCUCACCACUUCUUCACAUUCCCAGAAUCUGCCUCAAAAUGUGAAUAAGUACGGCUUUACUCCGUGAAAUAGAAGAAGGACUACAGAAAGCUGUAACAGACCAUACAAUAAAAGCCAUUGUGAUUUGUGGAGCAGAGGGCAAAUUUUCUGCAGGUGCUGAUAUUCACGGCUUCAGCGCUCCUAGGACCUUUGGCUUAUCACUGGGAAGUGUAGUAGAUGAAAUACAGAGAAAUGGGAAGCCCGUGGUGGCAGCAAUCCAAGGCAUGGCUUUAGGAGGAGGACUAGAGCUGGCCCUGGGCUGUCACUACAGGAUUGCCCAUGCAGAGGCUCAAGUUGGCUUACCAGAAGUUACACUGGGACUUCUCCCUGGUGCAAGAGGAACCCAGCUUCUCCCAAGACUCAUCGGAGUUCCUGCUGCACUUGACUUAAUUACCACAGGAAGACAUAUUUCAGCAGGUGAAGCACUCAAGCUGGGCAUUCUAGAUAAAGUUGUGAACUCAGACCCACUUGAAGAAGCAAUCAGAUUUGCUCAGAGAGUUUCAGAUCAACCUUUAGAAUCCCGUAGACUCUUCAACAAGCCAAUUCCGAGCUUGCCCAACAUGGACACCAUUUUUAGUGAGGCCCUCUUGAAGAUGCGGAAGCAGCACCCUGGGUGUCUUGCUCAGGAGGCUUGUGUCCGAGCGGUCCAGGCUGCUGUGCAGUAUCCCUAUGAAGUGGGCAGCAAGAAGGAGAAGGAGCUGUUUCAAUAUCUUUUGCAAUCAGGGCAGGCGAGAGCCCUGCAAUAUGCUUUCUUAGCUGAAAGGAAAGCAAAUAAGUGGUCAUCUCCCUCUGGAGCAUCGUGGAAAACAGCAUCAGCGCAGCCUGUCUCCUCGGUUGGCGUUGUUGGCUUGGGAACAAUGGGCCGAGGCAUUGUCCUUUCUUUUGCAACGGCCAGGAUUCCUGUGAUUGCUGUAGACUCAGACAAAAACCAGCUGGCAACUGCAAACAAGAUAAUAACCUCUGUCUUGGAAAAAGAAGCAUCCAAAAUGCAACAGAGUGGCCACCCUUGGUCAGGACCAAAACCCAGGUUAACUUCAUCUAUGAAGGAGCUUGGUGGUGUAGAUUUAGUCAUUGAAGCAGUAUUUGAGGACAUGAGCCUGAAGAAGCAGGUCUUUGCUGAACUCUCAGCUGUGUGCAAACCAGAAGCUUUUUUGUGCACCAAUACUUCAGCCCUGGACGUUGAUGAGAUUGCUUCUUCCACAAAUCGUCCUCACCUGGUCAUUGGCACUCACUUCUUUUCACCAGCUCAUAUCAUGAAGUUGUUAGAGGUUAUUCCCAGCCGAUACUCUUCCCCCACUACUAUUGCCACUGUUAUGAACUUAUCAAAAAAGAUUAAAAAGAUUGGGGUCGUUGUAGGCAACUGUUUUGGAUUUGUGGGGAAUCGAAUGUUGAAUCCUUAUUACAAUCAGACAUAUUUCUUAUUAGAAGAAGGCAGCAAGCCAGAGGAGGUAGAUCAGGUGCUGGAAGAGUUUGGUUUUAAAAUGGGACCUUUUAGAGUGUCCGAUCUUGCUGGGUUGGAUGUAGGCUGGAAAUCUAGAAAGGGGCAAGGUCUUACCGGACCUACAUUGCUUCCAGGAACUCCUGCCCGAAAAAGAGGCAAUAGGAGAUAUUGCCCAAUUCCUGAUGUGCUCUGUGAAUUAGGACGAUUUGGCCAGAAGACAGGUAAGGGCUGGUAUCAGUAUGACAAGCCAUUGGGCAGGAUUCACAAACCUGAUCCCUGGCUUUCCAAAUUCCUAUCACACUAUAGAGAAACCCAUCACAUUGAACCACGUAUCAUCAGCCGCGAUGAGAUCCUGGAGCGUUGCUUAUAUUCACUUAUCAAUGAAGCCUUCCGUAUCUUGGGAGAAGGGAUAGCUGCUAGCCCAGAGCACAUUGAUGUUGUCUAUUUACAUGGAUACGGAUGGCCAAGGCACAGGGGCGGGCCCAUGUUCUAUGCUUCCACAGUUGGGUUGCCCACCAUUCUAGAGAAGUUGCAGAAAUAUUACAGGCAGAACCCUGAUAUUCCCCAACUGGAGCCCAGUGACUAUCUAAAAAAGCUGGCUUCUCAGGGAAACCCUCCCCUGAAAGAAUGGCAAAGCUUGGCAGGGCCCCCCAGCAGCAAAUUGUGAUUCGGCCUCCCAGCUUAUGCCCCACAUGUUAGCAUCAGGUAAUGCUUACUGAAUUUCAGUGAAAUUAAAUCCAAAAAUCGAAAGUAAGAUUGUUCUGAAAUACAAAGCAAAAGAAAUAAUCAGUAGAGUCUUCUGUGCGAUGACGUUCAUGGUCAGAUCUUUACGCGUGUGCUUCCCAUGCCUGUGAAUCUGCCCCUAUCAGAUGAAUUCAAUGCAUGAACUUGUGUGAAUGCAAUACCAUAAUAGCUGAUGAAAGAGGCUCAGGCGUAAGUUAUGAUUCUCAAGUGCGUUGAUCAUUGGAGAAAUGAGUCAUCAAUUAAUAAAUGAUAAAUGCAGCUAAGUCGUACAUUCAUUUUGACCCCUUUCAACCCCACACACAUAGCAUUGAUCAGAAGUCUUAUGAAUCAUACAUACAAUCAACGAGCAUUAAAGUUGUAAGAAAAACACAGUUGGAAAUUGGUAAGGGAACCGAGUACUUCCAACCAGCACGGGGAACUCAGGGUAGUGUGGUAAAUUGUGCUCAAUGUAUCACUUCUGUGCAAGCCUCGGAAAUGUUUGUUGAUCAUUUCCCUAAGCGCAGGGGACAACCUAGUUUUUCCUCUUCUGUUUACGGAAAAAUGAUAGAAAGUAGUAAGUUGUUAACUUGUGUAAGAAGGGUCUUAGAGAACAUCUAACCUUCUAGGAGUUCCCAAUUCUGUGAUAGAGUAACGAUACCAGUCCCCUGUUAUGACAAGCCUUUGUGAUUUUACAUAUGGAAAUGACUGAAUCUUGAAAAAUCUAAAAUUGUUACAAAACAUAUUUUGUAUAAUUUUGUUAUGAGUUCUCUUUUUACUUUUUGACUUGUGUAGUUAAAAAUUAAGGGGCUGGUCAAUACAAAAACUUGUACACAAAUUUUAUAGCAGAAUUACUCAUAAUGGCCAAAAGCUGGAUACAACCCAAAUGUCUAUUAACUAAUGAAUAGAUAA